GCACGCGGCCCGCGGGCUGGAGUCAGCCCGUGGUGCGGGCAGGAGGGCGGGGGCUGGGAAAGGCCAUGCCUCCAGCUGCAGAGGUUGCACACAGCUGGCAUGAUCGCGGUCACCUGCGCAGCGCCGGUGCCCUUGCGCUCGCGUUGCCCGGCCCGCGCCCGCGGACUUUGCGGCGGGAGCGCGGCGCGGUGAAGCACCGGCGCGGAGGGCGCCCGGCGUAGGCGGCGGCGGGUGUGGGCCGAGCCGGUAUUUAUAGCUUCGUGACAGCAGCAGCGGCAGCGACGCCGCCGGCCCGUCUCGCCGCGCUUCCCAGCGAGGCCGCCGGCGCGCCGAGGGCUGUGCUUGACCGCGACUCCCGUGUGUAGUCGCCCCGCGCUCCGCGCUCCGCGCGACCCUUCGGGUAAACUACGAACUGGGAGUUUUGAAGAAUGGGUAAAGACUUUCGUUAUUAUUUCCAGCAUCCCUGGUCUCGCAUGAUUGUGGCUUACUUGGUGAUCUUCUUUAACUUCUUAAUAUUUGCGGAGGACCCGGUUUCUCAUAGCCAAACAGAAGCCAAUGUUAUUGUUGUUGGAAACUGUUUUUCAUUUGUUACAAAUAAAUACCCUAGAGGAGUUGGCUGGAGGAUUUUGAAGGUGCUUCUAUGGCUACUUGCCAUUCUCACAGGACUAAUAGCUGGCAAAUUUCUGUUCCAUCAGCGUUUGUUUGGUCAGUUGCUCCGAUUAAAAAUGUUUCGAGAGGAUCAUGGGUCAUGGAUGACAAUGUUCUUCAGCACAAUUCUCUUUCUCUUCAUAUUUUCUCACAUAUACAACACGAUUCUUCUGAUGGAUGGAAACAUGGGAGCAUAUAUCAUUACAGACUAUAUGGGCAUCCGAAAUGAAAGUUUCAUGAAAUUAGCUGCAGUAGGGACCUGGAUGGGGGACUUUGUCACAGCUUGGAUGGUCACUGAUAUGAUGCUUCAGGACAAACCCUAUCCUGACUGGGGAAAAUCCGCAAGAGCUUUCUGGAAGAAAGGAAAUGUUAGGAUCACUUUGUUCUGGACAGUUCUUUUUACUCUGACGUCUGUGGUUGUACUUGUGAUUACAACGGACUGGAUCAGCUGGGACAAGCUGAAUCGGGGAUUUUUGCCCAGUGAUGAAGUUUCCAGAGCAUUCCUUGCUUCUUUUAUCUUGGUCUUUGACCUCCUUAUUGUGAUGCAGAAGAACCACCAUCUUGACUUCACAAAGAGUUAUGGUCAGAAUAUUUAACUACGGGUACAGCAGCAGUACUGACCAAAGAGAAUAGAUACUGCGCAAUCAGAAUGGACACCAGCUGUAAACAACCAUUGUAUCCAUAUUGGUGCACACUGGCUUUUAACAUUUGCCAUUGCAAAAACUACUGAAAAUAUUAAAAGGGAAUCUCACAUGUCAGAGUCCUCUGUUCUACUAAAAUUCAAGUUAUUUUAUGCUAACAAAAUUAUUUGAAACUAAUCUAAUCAUAGUCUCUCUCCAGAUACUGCCUCUUUGCCCUACUCCGACUAACAGCAAAGCUCCUCAUUAGAGUUCCGUAUUUAUUUCCUGUACUUCUCACCUCCCAUUUUCUCUUGAACCAACUCCAAUCAGGCCUUUGUGCCCAAUGUCAGCUUCCUCAGGAGCUCAAAGGUCUUAUCAAUAUCAACAACCCCCAUUUUGCCAAAUCUGAUGGUUAAUAUUCAGUCUUUUUAUUACUUAACCUUUCAGGGGCAUUUGACACGAGUCAAUCAUGCCUUCCCUUUUGAAACAUUUUUUUACCUGGCUUCUAGGACACCACUUUCUCUUGUUCUUCUAAUGCAUGUCAUUUCUUUUCAGUUUUCUUUACGGGAUUCUCUUCCAGCUUAUAAAUGAGGGAGUGCCUCAGUCAGUCCCUGGCCUCUUCUCUUGGCUUUCUAUGCUCCCUUUCUAAAUAAUUUUAUCCAAUUCUGUGGCCUUAGAUCAAUAGACUGGUGAGUCCACAUCUAUAUCUCCAGCCUUGUGCUCUCCCCAAAGAUUCUCAACUGCCUACAUAAUAUACCUCCACUUGGAUGUCUAAUAAGCCCUUCCAUAUUAGCAUAUUCUGAGCUCUCUGGAUUUCUUACCCACUUCUCUAUUUUCUGCAAGUGUAUUGGUUCUCCAAUGUCUCCCUUCUCAGCAAAUGCUAUUACCAUUUCCUGGUUGCUCCAGCCAUUCAGAAAUUCAGUUGGUGAUGCCUUCAAAAUACACCUUGAUCUGAUCACCUGGCCACCCUUAUUUAAAUUGCCAUCAUUUCACACCUAAACUACUGCAACAGUCUCCUAAUAGAUUUUUACCCCUCCUGCAGUUGGUUUAUAACUGUUCACAUCACUCACACUCCCAUGACCAUUGUUACCUUGCUGUUUCUUCAAUACAGUCGUCUUAUUUCCUCUUCAGGGCCUUUGCACUUGCUCUUUCCUCUAACUGAUAUAAUCCUCCUCCAGAGCUUCUCAGGGCUUCUUCUUUCAUAUCAGUCAGUACUCCACACAAAGGUCAUCCUCAGAGUUUUCUUUUUAAUAAUUAAAAUAGAAGCCACACCCAACUCACUAUUCUCCAUCCCCUUUCUCUGCUUUAUUUGCUUCAGAGCACUUAUCACUAUUUGACAUCAUAUUAUCUUGCUAUUUUCUGAUUGGUCUGUCUCCCCAAAUAGAAUAUAUGCUCCAUAAGACAUUCCAGAAAAAUGUAUAAUCGUAGAACUAAAACCAUUGUGAAGAACUCUGGAGGUCAUUCACCUCUACCCACCAUCUAAUAUUUUAGAUCAACUUUGUAUACUCUCCCUUAUUUGUAAAGUGAAUAUUUUUAUAUUGAAUCACAUUUCCUACUGAUCUCCAUCAUCAUUAUUUUUUCAUGGAGAAAAAUGACCUCAAUAUUAAAUAAAAAUGUUACCAAGGACAAUAAUACCUACUCUUGACAGUAUGCAAUUAAUUUUCCUAUACAGCCCACAGAAGAAAUUAUUCAUUCAGACAAUUGAAUGUGACCAUUCCUGGCAGCAUGUGUGCAGCCAGAACAGAUUCUGGAGCAGUGACAUUUUGUACCAAAUAUGCAAAUAUAAUAAAGCAGCAAAUAAGUAGGAGCUAUGUGCUAUUGAACUGUAGCCAGAGCCUGAACAAGAACACAAAUAUGUUGUCUAAUAACUUUGUUCCGCUAGAUUUCACUCAUUCCUUAUUGGAGGAGCACUCAUUUGAGUAAGAAAUAUGCCAAUUUAUAUAGUUAACUUUCCUUCUUCUUAGGAAGUGCUAACUAGAUCAAGUUGUUUGAUAACUGAUGAAGGUGAUCCAGGAUGACUUAUCAUUGAGUACGUUUCUUUAGACUUUGCACUAACUUUAGUUAUCAGCAACUCUUCAUAGCCAAUUAUUUGUACCCCCUAUCCCCUUUUAUUGGUGUCUUUAAGAUGUUAAGCAUUCUUUCCUGUGUAGUGGUUAACCAUAUUUGCCUAGUGAGGGGGUAUUGAUUUUCCAUUAUUCCUAGAUGCCACAUGGUACAUUUCUAUUAGUUGUAAACACUUAUAAGACUGACUUAUAUUUUGUCCUUCAUCACAUCAGUCUGCCAGGGCAGGACGUCUUUAAAUGAGGCCCAUUGCAUUUCAUCAGACAGGUUUCUACCUUGGCACUUAAAGGAAUGAUGUUUUCAAGGUGUCUAGAUGUAAGGAAGUUUGCUUUAAAAACCCGCUGCUAUCUUGCCAGAGCCUCAAGGCAAGGCCUCUGAAAAGUAACAGACUGUACUUACUUUUCAGGCCUCUUCUGGGCUUGACUUAUUUGCUUUUUCUAUAGGCACUAAACUAUUACUUAUAUUUAAUUUAUAUAUAUUGACUUCAGAAUUUUCCAGAAAAAUUCAUAUUGGCCUUUGCAAGUAAGAAAAAUUAUUGAUGAAUAAAAGACAUUAAACCACCCUAUAAAAUAGAUCCUUAGGAUAAUUAAAUUGUUUCAGCAACAACAAUUUUGAGAGUUCAUUGGUGUUUUAGAGCAUACAAAAGCACAUGAAAAAGUGAAAUUUUAAACAACAUUUCAAGUAAGGGGUUAAGUUUGAUUUGGAUCUGUUUUAGUGAUGAAUGAGGUCUGCCAUCUUUACUACUUGUUGAAAAAAGCCUACUUGAACCAGAAAGUCUAGAUUUUUCUCCACAGAUUUUAAUUUCUUUAAAUAGCAUAAGUUCCUCCUGAGAGAAAACUCCAAAGGGUUACAAAAUUAAUUUGCUCUUGAAGGGAAAAACAACAGUAAAUAUUAAGAGAAAAUGAGAAUACAACAUAUGAGAAAAGAGGAGUUGUCAAAGGAUAUCUAGGAAGUAACCUCCCGCAACGUCUCUAUUGUUCAUCCUUCACAUUUACCGCAGGGCAUCUCUUACAUUCAGCCUUGCCUUAAUGCUCCUCCUGCUGUCAUUCACUGUUCGAAAUGAUCACCGGACCUUUAAAAAAUCACAUGUUGGUUUAUAUUCUCUUUCCUUGUUCUCUCCCUUGGUUAGACAUGUCUCAUGAACUUCUUUGCAUUUACAUGAUGACGAAAAGGGUGACUUGGAUCACCCCAACAAACAUUUUUAACCAACUCUCCAAACAUUUACUGCCUCUUCUCAUGAUAUUUACAAUGACUUCCACUCUCUCUAAUUAUCCACUCCUUUCCUCUGUGAUCAAUGACAAAUGUCUCAAUCUUUGUUUCACUCUGUAUAAUUCCAGUACAACUAGUUUAUAGGGGAAAAAUAAGACACCAAUUUUUAAUAAUUAAUAUAAGAUUGAUGUAUAAUGUUUAUUUACAAAAACUAGUAUUUAUUGUGUUGUUUCUAUUUACUUAUAUCCAUCUUGUGUUUCCAUUUAUGUGAAACCACAAAGGGA